CUCAUCGGGUCGGUCCGUGUUUUCUCCGGCGGGAAGGAGACCGAAUCAUUUUUUUUCUUCCUUUUUUGGCCUUAUUUCCGCCUGAAUAUCGAAGUCAUUAGGAUUCCUUGGUGUCGAGGAGGUGCGGGAGGAACGGAGGUUGUUCAAGAUGGGUUUCAGCUCCUUGCUCGCUGUCUGACUUGAAAGCCGAGGGUGCCAGAAAAACCUGUGGACUAACGCUGCUACUGUUCGACUCCCAGCCUGUGCAGGUGCUUUGAGUUUGUAAUCAGCACCUUCGCAAGAACCUAAAGCCGAGAUUGUGGGUGCGAAUGGUGUGGCGGAGCACAUGCCUCAAGAAAUGAUCUUGUCAGCAUUUGCCAUAGGAAGAUAGAAGCUAUAACCAAUCAAACAGUCAUGAGACGCACCCUGUGUUUUAGAGGACACUCAUCCUAAGUCAUUUACCUUUAUGCAGUCAUGUGCCUUUUGGAGAGUUAAAAAAAAUAUUUUUGAGAAGUGGUAAGAUGAAGAAAAAAAAGAUGGCACUUGAAUGUGCCGAUUGUGGGAAAGUGUUCAAUAGGAGUGAUCACCUGAAGACACACCAGAAGAUUCACACAGGAGAAAAACCGUUUGAAUGUUCAGAGUGUGGGAAAAGGUUUUAUAGGCUUGGUGAUCUGACUGUACACCAGAGGAUUCACUCAGGAGAAAAACCGUACAAGUGCGAUGUCUGUGGGAAGGAAUUCAAAGUAAAUAGUGAUUUGAACGUACACCAGAGAAGUCACACGGGAGAAAGACCGUACGAGUGCUCUGAGUGUGGGAAAAAAUUUAGUCGAAGUAGUCAUCUGAAGACACACCAGAAGAUUCACUCAGGUGAGAAAAAGUUUGAGUGUUCUCAGUGUGACAAAAAAUUUCUUCGAAAUAGUGAUCUGAAGGGACAUCUGGCCACUCACUCGGUGAAGAAAAGGUUUGAGUGUUCAGAGUGUGGAAAAGGGUUUGGCAAGAAGAGUGAUAUGCAGGCACAUGAAAGGAAGCAUGCAGGAGAUAAACCGUUUGAGUGUUCCGAGUGUGGGAAAAGGUUUGUUCAAAGGAGUCAUCUGAAAGCACACCAGAGGAUUCACUCAGAAGACAAUCCUUUUGAGUGUUCUGUGUGUGGGAAAAGGUUUAAUAAAAGUUGCAAUCUAAAGACACAUGAAAGGGUUCACUCUGGAGAAAAACCAUAUGAGUGCUCUGAGUGUGGAAAAAGAUUUUCUGUAAAGGGUUCUCUAAAGGUACACCAGAAGCUCCACAAAAAGAACCUUCUUGAAUGCGCUGAGUGUGGGGAAAAAUUUGAUGAAACUGAAAAAUUGGAGAAACACCUGAUGUUUCACAUUGAAGGGAAGCCGUUUGAGUGUUCCGAGUGUGGAGAAGGUUUCCUUCAAUGUGCUGAUCUAAAGACACACCAGAAGGUUCACUCUGAAAAAGCAUCCAAGAUUUCUGAGCGGGAGGAAAUGAUUGAUGUAGAUGAGUCUGAGGAAAAGGUCAAUGUAAGUGAGUCUGUGAAAAAGAAUACUGUAACUGAAAAAUUGGAGAAACACCUAAUGUUUCACAUUGAAGGGAAGCCGUUUGAGUGUUCCGAGUGUGGAGAAGGUUUCCUUCAAAGUGCUGAUCUAAAGACACACCAGAAGGUUCACUCUGAAAAAGCAUCCAAGAUUUCUGAGCUGGAGGAAAUGAUUGAUGUAGAUGAGUCUGAGGAAAAGGUCAAUGUAACUGAGUCUGUGAAAAAGAAUACUGUAACUGAGUCUGUGAAAAAGAAUACUGUAACUGAGUCUGUGAAAAAGAAUACUGUAGCUGAGUCUGUGAAAAAGAAUACUGUAACUGAGUCUGUGAAAAAGAAUACUGUAACUGAGUCUGUGAAAAAGAAUACUGUAACUGAGUCUGUGAAAAAGAAUACUGUAACUGAGUCUGUGAAAAAGAAUACUGUAACUGAGUCUGUGAAAAAGAAUACUGUAACUGAGUCUGUGAAAAAGAAUACUGUAACUGAGUCUGUGAAAAAGAAUACUGUAACUGAGUCUGUGAAAAAGAAUACUGUAACAGAGUCUGUGAAAAAGAAUACUGUAACUGAGUCUGUGAAAAAGAAUACUGUAACUGAGUCUGUGAAAAAGAAUACUGUAACUGAGUCUGUGAAAAAGAAUACUGUAACUGAGCCUGCGGAAGAGAAUGUUUUAAACGAAUCUUUGAAAAAGGUUAAUGGGAAUGGGUCUGAGAAAACAGUCUUUACAAAUGACAUAAAAAUGCCCCCAAGGGCUCACAUGCGAGAAAGACCAACUGAAUGUUCAGGCUGUGGGAAGAAGUUUGAUCAAGAUGAUAAUCUGAAGACAGGGAAUGACUCUGAGGAAAAGCCACUGAAGUGCUCAGAUUGUGGGAAAAUAUUCAUAAAUAUCUGCUUUAAUGAUAAUAAUUUACAGGCACAGCUGUUGAUAGCUUCAGGUGAAAGACAACACAGAUGUAAUAUUUGUUGGAAAGUGUUUAGUCGGAGUGAUAGCCUAAGACUACACCAAAGAAUUCACACAGGUGAAAAACCUUUCGAGUGUUUGGAGUGUGGGAAAAGGUUUAUUGAAAGUAGUAAGUUAAAAAGACACGAGGUUAUUCACUCCGGGGAAAAACCAUUUAAAUGCUCUGAGUGUGGGAAAAGUUUUACUCAAAGUGAGUCUUUGAAGGCACACCAGAUGACUCAUACUGGAGAAAGACCCUUUGAGUGUUAUGAAUGUGGGAAAAGGUUCAAGAAAUAUAGUGAUCUGAAACUACACCAGUGGCUUCAUUUUUCAAAUCCUGAGUUUAAUAAAAAGAAGGUUGAACACACUGAUGUAAAAGCACUACAGAGGGCUAACUCAGCAGCAAAAUUACUGAAGUGCCCCGAAUGUGGGAGACUGUUUAAUGACAGGAGUGAGCUAAAGAAGCACCAGCAGAGUCAUCCAAAGAAGAAGCCAUUUGAAUGCCCCGAUUGUGGGAAAAGGUUCAGUCAGAAAAGUAACAUGAAGACACACCAGAGGAUUCACACGGGAGAAAAGCCAUUUGAGUGUACCGAGUGUGGAAAAAGGUUUACCGAUGGAAGUCACCUGAAUAUACACAAGAGGAUUCACACAGGAGUAAAGCCGUUCGAGUGUGCUGAUUGCGGGAAAAAGUUUACUCAAAAGAGCAAUCUCACCACACAUGUGAGGAUUCACACAGGAGAGAAACCUUAUGACUGUACUGAGUGUGGGAAAAGUUUUAUCGAGAGUGGCAAGCUUAAGAGACACAUGGUUUAUCACACAGGAGAAAAACCACACGAGUGUUCUGUGUGCAAGAAAAGGUAUAUUGACAGCGGUGAACUGAAGAAACACCUUGUCACUCAUACUGGGGAAAAACCGUAUGAGUGCUCUGAGUGUAAUAGUAAGUUUAAUUAUGUUAGUGACCUGAGGAGACAUAAAAAGAUCCACUUAGGAGAAAAGCCAUUCGAGUGUCAUGAAUGUGGGAAAAGGUUCAUUGAAGUCGCUAAGCUAAGGAGGCAUCUGAUUACUCACAGUGGGUUCUGAAUAAUCACAUUUAUACAUUUUGCUUUGAGUGUUUGACAGGAGAUAUAACUGCACUUGAAAGUCUUUUUUUUCUUUCUUUUUCUUUUAAUGAGGUAAGAUAUCCGGUUAUAUCUUAACUUCUUGAUAUAUAACAAAUAAAGGCUCACUUCCAGA